CCCCCAGUGCCAAUGAGGUUCACAUAUUGCUUCCUAUUAAACCGAGAGAUAUGGUUUCAAGUAACUGUACACCAAAAUAUAUCCCAAUUCAACAUCCAAGCUUAGCAAUGGCUUCUUCAACCACUGCAACGACAUCCUCUACAUCACCAAAAUUUCAAUGCAAGUUAAAGCCCACCACAAAAGUUUUCACAUCCAGAGUUCAUUUCCAAUUUCGAGGAACUUAUCGGGCCUUAGCAGGCCGGGUAGAUUCGAUAAGCACCACCAAGAGGCCUGUUAGCGAUGCAGAUUUUAUAAAAAGGCUUCAAAAUGGGCCGGAUGUGCGAGGAGUGGCAUUGGAAGGCGAAACGGGCCUGGACUUCACGCCGGGGGCCGUCGAGGCCAUCGCCGAGAGUUUUGGCGAGUGGUUGAUAGAGGAGCUGAGGAGAGAAGACGAGAGUGGGCCGGCCGAAGUUAGAGUGUCUAUGGGCCGGGAUCCACGGAUUUCAGGCCCAAGACUUAGCACGGCGGUGUUUAGUGGGCUGACACGGGCUAGAUGUAAAGCGUUUGAUAUGGGCCUUGCGACGACCCCAGCCUGUUUUAUGAGCACUGUUUUGGCCCCUUUCCAGUACGAUGGAUCUAUUAUGAUGACAGCAUCACACUUGCCAUACACAAGAAACGGUCUAAAGUUCUUCACAAGGAGAGGUGGUCUGCGAUCAAGCGAGAUGGAAGAGAUCUGCGACCGAGCCGCACGAAAGUACGCCACGAAGAAGAUGGGUUUUGGCGGCAAUGGCAGCGCACCGGUCAGACCGGUGAGGGUAGAUUUCAUGAGUGCAUACGCUGCGCAUCUGAGGAAUAUCCUCAAGGAGAGGAUUGCUCAUCCAAUCAAUCAGCUACGAACUCCUGCUUGAAGGAUUACAAUAAUAGUGAACGCUGGCAACGGCUCGCCGGCGGCUUUCUUCAGCCUGGGACGUCUCCGACAGUCGGCGCGCGACACAGGCGGCAGCUCACCGGAACCCGACGUGCAUGUUCCCCAAACCACAUCCGCUAGGACAACCCGGAGGACCCGCCACCGGCCAUGUCCCUCCCGCGUCCGCCGUCAUCUCCGCUGCCGCCCUCACCUCGGCGUCGUCUUCGACACCAGACGUCGACCGCAGUCGGAGUCGUCGAUGGCGGAGGGUAACCCGAUCAACGGCGAUAGAUUGAUAGCUCUAAUGUCAGCCAUCGUGUUGAGGGAGGAGCCGGGGAGCACGGUCGUGACGGAUGCGAGGACGAGCGCGGCGUUGACGGAGUUCAUCGUGGGGAGGGGUGGAAGGCAUUGCUUGUAUAGAGUUGGAUACCGGAAUGUGAUCGAUAAAGGGAUAAGGUUGAAUGAGGAUGGUAUCGAGACGGGGUUGAUGAUGGAGACGAGUGGGCAUGGCGCGUUGAAGGAGAACUACUUUCUCGAUGAUGGAGCCUACAUGGUUGUCAAAAUCAUCAUAGAAAUGGUGGGUAGUCUCAUCAAAGAACUCAAAGACCCCGUAGAAUCAGUUGAACUCAGAAUGAACAUCUUGACACAACCUGAGGAAGCAAAGGCGAAAGGUGCUGAAACAGUGGAAACUCUAAGAAAAUACAUCGAGGAUGGGAAAUUGCAAGGAUGGGCGCUUGAUACUUGUGGUGAUUGUUGGGUGAGCGAGGGGUGCCUUGUUGAUUCGAAUGAUUCGCCUUUCGCUGUUGAUGCACAUAUGUACAGGGCAAAGGUAUCGGAUGAAGUGAAGGGUGAAUACGGGUGGAUACACAUUAGACAGAGUGUUCAUAACCCAAAUAUAGCACUCAACAUGCAGUCUUCACUCUCUGGUGGUUGCCAAACAAUUGCAAGAAUCCUUCACGAAAAGCUCUUGCUGCCAAGUGGAUUACACCAAAUACUUGACAUAAGUCAAAUUGAAAAAUAUGCAAGGAGCGGGAGAUUGUGAUGAUGAUGGUGAUGACUUUUAUACUGGAUUCCCUAGAUAUGGUGCUCUACAUUUGUAAAUAAAUUGAGCAGAUGUGAAAUAAAUCUUAGUUCACGUUGGAUAUACAAUAUUUUGUUGAGGAUCUAGAAGCUCUAUAGUAGAAAAUUUUCUUCUAUGGACACUCAUAAACCGAAUACAUUCAGGAUCAUAUGCACGAUCUGCGUGUUCAACAUGAUCUUCAUAUCCUUAAAUAUAUUGAUGAAAAAUCUAUCAUCUUUUGCCAUGCAUCACAUGGUGGAAAACAUUAUAUCUAUUUCGGGAA